AUGGCUUCAGGUCAACGACGUGAUAUUAGUCACGCGAGCUCGGUGCCCAGUCCGAUAAAGCAGACUUCGACAGACCCACCGACGACAUGUGGAGUGUGUCGGCGACCAGGUUGUCAGCUACGCUCCCACAGGGCAUAUCUCGCCCACCGGAGUCGCACCGCGGCCGCCACGAAGAAGUUCUCAGACAAGUCAGAUGCGCCCGGAAAGGACGAUCAUCAACGGCCGAAGCUGCUCGAGACGAGCUACGCCAGGUCGUAUGCCUACACAAGAGCGCUGCCCUCGUUGGGCGCUGGCCGGUUGGAUGGGUUCCACGACUUACCUGUGCCGGGCGGCCAUCAACUGGACCUGCAUCAGGCCGUCUAUAAUCGAGCAGCCACCGCCUUCCCCUUACCUGCAGGUCUCACCGUCAACGAGAUCGGCGGGAGCAUGGUCAUUCCGGUCAUGACAGACACAUCCCUCUGUCUCAGCGUCAUCGCGGCGUGGAAAGCGGUUCAAUUCCUAAUGGGACAGAUAACGGCAUUUCCACAUCUCUCAUACGAGGCCCAGGCCCUGCAGUCGCUGCGGCAGAAGUUGCUGGACCAGGGGCACGCGGCCGUCACAGACGAGGCGGUCCUGUCGGCUACUUUACUCUGGGCAACAGCAACCAUGUUCGCCCAGUCCGAGGCACUGAAACGACACGCGGCUGGUGUUCAAGCACUGGUGGCUGCACACGGAGGGCUCAACACGAUCGGACGCGGGGGUUCAAUCGGCCAGGCGGCUUCCAUUAGGCAAUUGAUCCUCUGGGCGGACUUUCUGACGGCACAGUUCCUGGGCGAAGACGUCCUCUUCAAGGAUAUUGGACCAUCGGACGAACCUCCAAUGCCACCGUCCCUGGUGAAAUUGUCCCGCACAAUCGCCAUUCCUCCGCCAUUCGACGCUCUGGGUCCAGAAACCCUCAAAGCAGCGCGCGACAUGAAACUGCUGCUCGUUUCCCACAACAGUGCGACCCGAACAGGACGGCUCUCGAUCGCGGAGUACAAGGCCCUGAUGAGCCUGCUGAACAAAAGCACGGUCGAGCGGAUCAGCUUGGCAUACCGGCUGCGCAACUCUCAUUCCAUGGACGAGGCCGUCGUCCUGGCCAUGAACCUGCUCCGGUUGACCACGCUCUUCCACGCGGGGCCACUGUUUACAAUCAUGGUUGCGGUCAUUUCGCGCCUGCGCAAAGCCCUGGCGCGGAUGAUUCUGACGACGGCAACGACCACCUUCGACACCUUCCUCGGCAGCACCGAUGGCGGCGCCCCAACUCCAACAACAACAAACCGAAACCGCAUCUACAUCGACGUGUACAUCUGGGCCUGCUUCGUCGGCCUGGUCAACAUCUUCGACAGCGAGAACCGCUCGCAUUUCGUCGAGAUGCUCAGCUCCGCCCUGACAACCAAGUACGGGGACGCCGGGGGAUGGCCCGACGACUGGCAGGGGGACACGCUGAGCAUGUUGCGCUCGUUUCUCUGGUCGGACGCCGCGUUGACCACCACCGGGCUCUACCAGGACGCAUGCCAGAUGGUCGAAUCGCACAUCUUGUCACCUACAAAUACAGGAUCCACAACAGACUGUCCGACAGAGAGUUGGAGUGAAAAACAGCCGAUGACGUGA